UAUUUAUCGAAAAAAGAUAAGCAAUUGUUUAAACAAUUGGACGACUUGUUCGCCGAUAAGGAUAACUUUGAGAGACUUCGGGACCACUUGAACUCAUCGAAGGCGCCGUGCAUUCCAUAUCUGGGCCUCUAUUUGCAUGACAUCGUGUAUGUGGACGUCGCCCACCCUCUGGUCAGAGGCCAUCACGAGUCGCACCAGAGGUCCCGUAAAAUGGAUGCUAUACUCCGUGUGAUCGCUGAGUUUCAACGCUCAGUCUAUGACAAUCUAACAAUUAUGCCAAACGUUCAAAAGUAUUUACUAUCCGUCAGAUAUAUAGAAGAGCUUCAGAAGUUUGUCGAAGAGGACAACUUUAAUUUAUCGUUAAGUCUGGAACCGCCCGAAACGGAUGGCAAAAGUGUAUUCUACGUGCGAGAGCACAGCCAAACUGUUCGCUCAAACAACGAUUCCGGCGACCAAACGGUCACUUCCAGUCAGACGAACCGUUUGUCCGUCAGCUUUAACUGCGCCGACACUCAACAGCCGACCGCCAAUUCGAUGCCCGCAAUGAAUAGGCGGCGGCCGUUCGCCGUCGGCCACAGGAAAUCUCAAAGUCUGGGCACAAAUGUGUUGACAUCCAUAAUGGCGUCGACAACCAUUCCAUUGACUUCGAAGACAUUUACUGUAAAUAAGACUAUUGUGGAGAAUAAGAGGAAUCUGUGUCUAAUUGACGACACAAUCAUCGCCGAAGAGGCCACUGUCCAGAGCCCGAGAGAGCCUCUCGAGCCGACAGUAACGCCUUCAUUGCCGACAAUUGAAAUCAUUUACGACGAGUCGACGGCAGACGACGAGACGAGGGAUGAGAGAGAACCGGACGACAGGGCGUUGAAGACGAGGCCUUCCAUCGACUCUACGCUCGAACGAAAGAGACAUUUAUUAUCUGCCGAUAAAAUUGUAUUCCAAGGAAUGGUUAAGAGGAGGACAAGUGUUAAGGACGGAAAGAGACCGCAGAUGAAAGUGUGGGCCAAGUAUUGGCUUCUAUUACAGGGAACACAACUGCUGUACUUUGAUUGCAGACAAUUCCGGACCUAUAAAUCCAAUGUUUUCAAGUCUAAGCCAUUGAAAUGUCAAUCGUUGGAGGGCUGGUUCGUGGCGCUGGUGGAGAACAACCAAAGCAACGACACGUUCACACUGUCGGACACAUUGGGCCGAAAUGUGUACAAAUUUCGGGCGCCGACACCCACUCAGGCCUUCGAGUGGUAUAAGAAGAUUAGCCAACAGUUGUCACAAAUUAAGUCCCGAACGCAGCCGACGGACGAUCGCUCGCUCAUCGACUUCGAAGACGAUUCCAGUCAUCAUAAAAAUCGUUUGAUUUAAAGUGAUGUCAAAAUGUAGUGUUUUUUAAAUCAUUGAUUAUAUUAUUUAUAAUUUUUACAAUACAUUUAUACUAUAUAAGUAUGCGAUGCCUGAGUGUGUUUCCCCACUCAGGUAUGAACCGAAUUGAAUGCCAAAAAUUUUUUAUAUGUAAUGAUAACAUAACCUAACAUUUCGUUUAUAUAAAAUAAUUUGUACAUAUAUUUUACGAAACGGAUCACUCGAUUGGACGCCAACUCUUAUGGUACCCAUAGGUCUACCAUUGUUUUCCUGUGUGUCCACACGUUUUUAUCUGUUUUACGAACAGUUAUGUAUCGAUGGAUCCAUUUUAUAAUUAACACAUUUAAUAACGUGUUUAUAAUUAUUAUCAAAGUGUUAGCGUUUGUGUCGACAACUCCUUUCGCUAACUAUUCACUCAUUUUAUAUUAAAUCUAAAUAAACUCUUUAUUUAUGUUGUUUUUAAGACAUAAAAAGCCCA